GCUGAUCCGAGCAGCGGUGACCAAGGACCUGGAGUUUCAUCUUGCAACAUUCAGCAACGGGGAGCGACGGCUCCAUGGGCGAGCGCCCGGCCUAGUGGAUCAUGCGGAACAAAUGUCGAAGGAGCUGCAUUUAUGCCAUUGGAGCAACCGUUGCAACCCUCUAUGUUGAGCGAGGACGCAGUUGUCCCCGCAAGCCCACUUGUUGCACCAAUCGCGCUGAUCGCUGCCGGCAACGGCAGCACGUCGACUGCUACUUCAUCUGCCUCGGUAGCCGGGACUAGCAUUGUCGGGCCAGCUGCACGAGGCGCCAGUGCCACGAUACCAAUUGUGCCCACCACAGAAC